AACUUGUUUUACGCUGAAAGUCUAUUCUAUCAGCCCCUAUAUUCUGGCGCUAUGAAUCCAGAUCUUGGAUCAUUACAGACACUGUUGUAUGUUCAUUUUAUGAUCCUGUAUUCUUCUGUAAGUUCAGACUUGGUACCUCGUUUUAUUUCCGAGCCACACUCUAUUGUCCAGAAACUUGGUGAACCUGUAACACUACAAUGUUCUGCUCAACCUGUGACCGUUCACAUAUCAUGGUUGCUUAAUGGAAAAAAAUUUGACAGAGAUGUGGAGCAGAUUGAGGUUCAGCAGGGGACUUUAACUAUCCUUUCUCUCAGCCCUUCUGUUUCUGGUCGGUACCAAUGCAUCGCUAACAACAGCAUUGGUGCAAUUGUGAGUAAACCUGCAACAGUAUCCAUUGGAGGUCUUAGUGAUUUUGGUACAUCAGCAAAACAUGUUAUUAUAGCAGAGGAACAAAGUGCUGGGUUUAUUGGUUGCAAGAUACCAGAAAGUAAUCCUUCAGCACAAGUGCGCUAUAAGGUCCGGGGGAAAUGGCUGGAACAUUCCACAGAUAACUACCUAAUCCUUCCAUCAGGAAAUCUUCAGAUUUUGAAUGUAUCUUCAGAGGACAGAGGGUCAUAUAAAUGUGCAGUUUACAAUCCUGUCACACAUGAAUUAAAAGUUGAACCCACAGGCCACAAGCUCCUUGUGAGCCGCCCUUCAUCAAAAUAUGUUCGAAUCAUCCACCCUACCUUUUCCCAGUCAUUGGCAGCUCUUUCUCACAAUCCUGUAACUCUGGAAUGUGUGGUGAGUGGGGUACCUGAUUCUCAAGUGCAGUGGAUAAAGGAUGGCCAUGGUUCUCUACUGGGAAGUAACUGGAGACAGUUAUAUUCUCACCUUGUCACAGAUAGCAUAGACCCAACUGAUGCUGGAAACUAUUCCUGUGUGGUGGGAAACAAAUCUGGAGAGCUCACACGUGUGACCUACACAGUCAAUGUGCUUGAACAAGCCUCAAUUUCCAAAGGAUUGAGGGACCAGACAGUCUCCUUGGGUGCCACAGUACAUUUCACAUGUACCGUUCAUGGAAACCCAACUCCCAAUCUUACUUGGUUUCAUAAUGCAGAGCCUAUACAUUCUUCCUUGCGGCACCUGAUAGUAGAAAACACGUUGAGAAUCAGUGGCAUUGCCAUGGAAGACUCAGGGUUAUACCAGUGUGUGGUGGAUAAUGGCAUUGGAUUUAUGCAGUCUACUGGGAGACUUGAAAUUGAAACAGGCAGUGGAUUCAAGCCAAUUAUAGUAACACCACCAACAAGCGCAAAGGUGAUAGGCGGUGAUUUUGUCACUUUAUCCUGCAAUGCCACUGGGCUUCCAGUUCCUGUUAUUCGUUGGUAUGACAGUCGUGGUUUGAUAACCAGCCAUCCAUCCCAAGUACUUCGCUCUAAGUCACGAAAGUCACACCUGGCAAAAUCUGGAGAUGUCACAUUAGAGCCUGUUUACUUCAUCAUGUCUCGAGCUGGAUCAAGCUCCUUAUAUAUUCAGGCUGUCACUCUGGCACAUGCUGGGAAAUAUACCUGUGAAGCCACAAAUGAACAUGGUUCUACAUUGUCAGAGGCAUUCCUUACAGUUGUUCCUUUUGAAACAAGUACCAAAGCUGAAACAGUUACACCUACUGAUGUCACACAGAGUGAUGGACAUAAAAAGGAUGAUUCUGCAAGAGGACCUUUGAGCAUUUUUCCAGUGAAGUUACAUUCCAACACAACAGAGGCAUCAAUAGAAAGAAAUACCAGUAGUUUCUCUGCUCCUGAUGCCCCCAUCAUACUGAGCCCCCCACAGACCCACAAACCAGAUGCUUACAACCUGAUCUGGAGAUCAGGGAAAGAUGGUGGACUACCCAUUAAUGCCUACUUUGUGAAAUAUCGAAAGCUCGAUGAUGGAGUUGGUUUAGUAGGAAACUGGCACACAGUUAGAGUUCCUGGAAGUGAGAAUGAGCUCCACCUAACGGAACUGGAACCAUCCAGUCUUUAUGAAGUCUUGAUGGUAGCAAGAAGUGCAGCAGGUGAAGGACAGCCUGCCAUGCUUACCUUCCGAACUAGCAAAGAGAGAACAUCGUCAUCAAAAAACACACAGGCCUCCUCUCCACCAGUGGGCAUUCCCAAACAUCCUAUUGUUUCGGAGGGAACCAAUAGCAACUUUGGAGUGGUGCUUACAGAUCCCUCCAGGCAUAGUGGAGUUCCAGAAGCACCAGAUCGACCUACUAUCUCUACUGCCUCAGAGACUUCUGUGUAUGUCACUUGGAUUCCUCGGGCAAAUGGAGGUUCUCCCAUCACUGCCUUCAAGGUUGAAUACAAAAGGAUGAAGAACAGUGAUUGGCUAGUGGCAGCUGAAGAUAUCCCUCCUUCCAAACUUUCUGUGGAAGUGCGUAGCUUAGAGCCAGGCUCCACAUACAAAUUUAGAGUAAUUGCUAUCAACCAUUACGGUGAGAGUUUUCGGAGCUCUGCAUCUCGCCCUUAUCAAGUAGCUGGAUUUCCCAACCGCUUUUCCAACCGUCCAGUUGCUGGACCUCACAUCACAUAUACAGAAGCUGUCAGUGAUACUCAGAUUAUGUUGAAAUGGACGUACAUUCCUUCAAGCAAUAAUAACACACCUAUCCAAGGAUUCUAUAUCUAUUACCGACCAACAGAUAGUGAUAAUGACAGUGAUUACAAGAGGGAUGUUGUAGAAGGUUCAAAACAGUGGCAUAUGAUUGGUCACCUGCAGCCAGAAACAUCUUAUGACAUUAAAAUGCAGUGCUUUAAUGAGGGGGGAGAAAGUGAAUUCAGCAAUGUGAUGAUCUGUGAAACCAAAGUGAAACGAGUUCCUGGAGCCUCGGAGUAUCCUACCAAGGACUUGAGCACCCCUCCAAACUCUUUUGGAGGUGGAGGAAAUAUUGGCCCAGCACUGGGUCCUGCCCGGAGCAGUGAUAUGCUGUAUCUGAUCGUAGGCUGUGUGCUUGGAGUUAUGGUGCUUAUUCUCAUGGUUUUCAUUGCUAUGUGCUUGUGGAAGAAUCGACAGCAAAAUACCAUACAGAAAUAUGACCCACCAGGAUACCUCUAUCAGGGCUCAGAUAUUAAUGGACCAGUGAUGGAAUACACCACUCUGCCUGGCACAAGCCGAAUCAAUGGCAGUGUCCAUGGAAGCUUUAUCAGCAAUGGAACCCUCAGCAAUGGCUGCCCACAUCUCCACCAUAAAAUUCCCAAUGGAGUCAAUGGGAUCAUGAAUGGGAAUGUAAAUGGAGGACAUUACCCUGGACACAACUCCCUUACCAGAACUCAUGUGGAAUAUGAGCAUCCUCACCACUUAGUGAAUAGCGGUGGAAUAUAUACAGCAGUGCCCCAGACUGACCCUUUGGAGUGCAUUAACUGCCGAAAUUGUAGAAACAACAACAGGUGUUUCACCAAAACCAAUGGCACUUUCAGCAACAGUUCCCUUCCUGUGAUCCCAAUGGUAGCACCUUAUCAGCCAGAUAGCUUAGAGAUGAAGCCUCUGAGUCACAUGAUGGUACCCAUGUGCCUCACCUCCACAGUCCCAGAACAUGGUGAGUUACCUGAGGAAGGCAUCAAGGACAAAGUGGCCCCAGCAUCCAGCCCACAUCCUUGCUGCCAGGAAAACACAAAGCAGGUCGACUCAGACUGCACAGAAGGAGACAGCUGUCUACAUUCUGAAACAGAAAAUCAUGUUUUGAGUUGGAGCUCCCUCAUUUUACCAUCUCUUUCAAGGGACUGUAAUGAAAAGACAGCCUGGUCUUCAGCUGAUAUUACAGUAGACAGCACUGCAAGGGACCUUCGGCAAUCCCAGGAGACCUGAACGUGUGCAAGUGAUUUUGUUCCCACUUCAAGCCAGUAACUGCACAACAUGGGCAUGGGAAGGGACUACAGGAAAGACAUUAAUUCAAAACAGAGACAAAGUUAUUAUUUAUUUUCUUGGAGUAGUAAUGUCAUUUGAAUGUAUCUUAAAAUGUUUGCCUUUUUAUAUUAUUUAUGCCUUGAAAAAUUCCCUUCCCUGUCCCCUUCUCCUUCACAGUGCAAAACAGUGUUGUUCUGUAUAGUUUUAAAAGAAUCUAAAAGCCAAUGGAAUCAUCCCAUAUUUUCCAAUAACCUUAAUUAUGGGAGGAGUCCAUCUGCAGAGAAUCUUGACUGUUGGCAGUUAGAGCCUAAGGGCAAUUGCACAGGCAUUUUGAAGUUUGCUGCCAGUCACAUUGUUGUCAAAUGGAGAGCUGUCUGGUUGAUGUGGUAUUUUUGCAGCAAGAUCUGGGGACGUUCUAAACUCAGUCAGUUUGUUUUAUAAGGGUAGCCCUUGUCCUGGCAGAUCUGGCUUACAUGAGCUGUGAGAGUGCUGAUCAGCCAGAUAUUGGAAUAAUGAGUUAACUUGCUCUCUCUCUAGAGGUGAACACAACUCUGGAUGUACUUUCUGGGUAGGCCUGUUAUAUACAGUAACAGUAUUAGCAUCCAGAAACAGUCCAGGAGUAAUAAUAACCCUCUUAAUAUAAUUUAAUGGACAGUAAGAUACAAAGUUUUACCCCCCAAAUGGUUGCCAUUUUGAAAGGGUAGGAAGAAAAUCAAAAUUUACUAGAUGUGAGAAAAGACCAUACAUUUAAAGAAGAGGAGGGAGGAAUUUAACCCUCUCUAAGGAAGCUCCUUUAGUCUGUUACAUGGAUUGUAGCCAACGUGAACCAUGUUAUCUAAAAGAAGACAUUUUCCAACUCCUAGCAUGGCCAAUUGCCCGGAAGAUAUGGAUGUUUAAGGAAAACAGUCAGGCAUCAGGACCCAACCUUAUUGGUGAGGUUUGGGUAGGAGAAGAAGAGAGUACAGGUGGUUUGUUGCUUCCUGCACAUUCUUUAAAGAUAUCAUUAUAGUAAUAAACAAGCAUCUACAGCUUUAGCCAUCAAGGCCUGUAAAUCUCAAUUACUGUUGCCUCUGGGUAAUGAGGACUUGUACAACCUGCCUUUGAGAGAUUUCUCCCCCUCCCUUGUUUAAAAAGAAGAAAAUCAGUAACAAGCAUGUUUAAUAGCAAGCUUGAGUCAAGCUCUUGUGGAAUUUCCUAGUUUUAAGUUGCAUAUCCCUUGGG